UUGUUCUACACGAAGUAAGCAGAAAUCAAGUCACCGAAAUGUAUUUAAUUUAUUUUCGACGUUUUCUCCUUUUAACAGUUUUGGAUAUUAUUGCGAGUUUCGAGCUGAUCCCCGAGCGAGCGAACGUAACAUACUUUAACGAAAAGUACAUCACUUAUGCUGCGGGAAACGUGCGGCGCGCCGGCCGGCGACUGCCGUACUUCAUCAACUUUGAAAUCACUAUCAGGCACACUUGGGGCAACAAUGUAACGGUGCACUACUAUUUCUACGAGUUUCUACAUAACGAGUAUCGUCGCUCAUUUCUCGAGUUUCACUUCAAGCUCUGUGAUUUCUUCAAAAACGAGCCAUACAUUGGCAACGCCGUGUUUCGUCAAUACAGAAUCAAAUGUCCUGUGGCAGCUGGUAACUACAAGAUGAUGAACAUGACGUUUACCGUGGACAAGUUUCCAAACGUGGUGCCAUUCGAGAAGUCACGGGUGUAUGCAGUCUUCGAGCAGAAUGAAAACGGAGACAUGAUUUUCAAGGGGUACGCGGACAUACUCAUGAAAAACAGGCCGCUAAAACGGCGAAAACGACCAUGGUAUAAUUACACAAGGUAUAAAAGUGACAGCUAA